UCACCAAACACUUUGAACAUAUAAACCUCACUCACUCCAUUUGCCUACACUUAUCUAGUAGUUAUCUUAUCUUUUUGCGUGACAAGCAACCAUGUUCGAAAUCGGGGUUUUAGUUUCAUGGCUUAUCCUCCUCAUUAUCAUUCCUUUGUUUACCUUUUCAUUUUUCAUCAACUUCACUUCUUCAAGUACUAUUAAUUCCAAGUUGCCGAGAUGUUACCCGUUAAUAGGUUCAUAUUUCGAUAUCGUUGCAAAUCGAGGUCGAAUGAAUCAGUGGAUGGCCGAGGUUCUUCGUCACUGUCCAACUGGUACUUAUGCUCUUCGACGUCCCUUUGGUUAUCGUCAGAUCUUCACUGCUAAUCCUGCAAACGUCCAACACAUACUUAAAUCCCAAUUUUCUCUUUACCCAAAAGGUGAAAUGUUUAGAAUCUCUCUAACUGAUUUUUUAGGCUCUGGUAUAUUCAAUACUGAUGGUGAUAAUUGGAAGUUUCAAAGACAAAUAUCAAGCCAUGAAUUCAAUACCAAAUCUCUUCGUAAAUUUGUCGAAGAGGUCGUUACGACCGAAGUUUCUGAUAGACUAAUCCCCAUCCUCAACUCAACAGCUGAAAUGAACUCUGUCUUGGAUCUUCAGGAUAUCCUCCAAAGAUUUGCUUUUGAUAAUAUUUGCAAGAUUGCAUUUGGUUUCGAUCCGGAAUACCUCUCACCAUCACUCCAAGAAGCAGAAUUCGCUACUGCUUUUGAAGAAGCAACUAAACUAAGCGGCGAAAGAUUGAGCUCUGCGAUCCCAAAUUUGUGGAGAAUUAAAAGGUAUCUUAAUAUUGGAUCCGAGAAGAAUCUCAAAAUUGCGAAUUCAAAAGUCCAAGAGUUCGCAAAAAACAUUGUAAGACAGAAGAGACAAGAUCUCGAAAAGAAGUCUUCAUUUGAAGUUACUGAUCUUCUUUCAAGGUUCAUAAAUUAUGAUCAUUUAGAAGAAAACUGGUUGAUAGAUAUUGUUGUAAGUUUUAUUUUGGCAGGUCGAGACACAACCUCAGCAGCCUUAACAUGGUUUUUCUGGUUAAUUUCCUGCCACCCAAAAGUAGAAGAAGAGAUAGUAAAAGAGAUACUUGGGAUACCAGACAAACCGGUCUACAGCGAUAUAAAGGAAAUGACUUAUACCCAUGCAGCUCUUUGUGAGAGCAUGAGACUGUACCCACCAGUACCUACAGACAGUAAACAAGCAGCUAGCGACGACAUUUUACCGGACGGAACGGUUGUAAAGAAAGGAGAGCGAGUAACAUAUCAUCCAUACGCAAUGGCAAGGAUGCAAAACUUGUGGGGUUCAGAUUGGAUGGAAUUCAAGCCAGAGAGAUGGUUAGAGAGAGACAGCAUUAAUGGAAAAUUAAGCUUUGUGCCCAAGGAUUCCUAUACAUAUCCAGUAUUUCAAGCAGGACCCAGGAUUUGUUUGGGUAAGGAGAUGGCAUUUUUACAAAUGAAGAUGAUAGUAUUUGAAACUUUACGUGGUUUUCGAGUUGUUCCAGCACAUGAAAAUGGUUUUGAACCUGUUUUUAUAUCCUACCUUACUGCAAAAAUGAAAGAUGGUUUCCCAGUGAAGAUUCAAAAGAGGGAUUUAAGUUUGUGAUACUAAAGUUUGAUGUUUCUGAUACUUCACUUUCUACAAUUUGGUAUACUUCAGUAUAAACGGACUCGCAUCAUACUCCCUCCGUCCCACUCCUAAGUGACCUAUUUGAAAUUUGCACAAUUUUUAAGGCAAGCAAGGAAAAUAGUAUUUUUAAUCAUUUUUUACAAUUAUACCCUUAUGAAUAAUAACUAG